CUCAUCACAACACCAGCGCAGGACGUGACGUCGCUCAGCUGAUCUGCGACACGGGUCACGCGGCGUGUCACCUGACCGGCUCGCCGUCGUCGUGGCAUUUCGUCACUUUAUCAAGUUGACGGAACUGGGAGGAAUUUCUGUGGCUGAAUCCAGCUGGCAGACGAUACUUCACAGCACGCUGAGGAGCACCAUGCUUUGCCAGGAAAGGACGAUCCUCUACCUCAGCUGCGGUUUCAUCAUUGCGGGGUUCCUCUACUUACUACACCAGAUGACCACAUAUAUCCCGUAUGGUCGCUAUGUGGAGCCCCACAGCCCUGGGGUGAUGGUCCCAGCCAAAGCAGCCUGGCUGAUCCAGGAGCUGCCCUCGUUUCUGGUUCCCAUGCUGCUGGUGCUGACCACUGAAAGCUCAUCUGGCCUGGGGAGAAGCCUUCUGCUCUGCACCUUCGUUCUGCACUACUUCCAAAGGACGUUUAUCUAUGCCUUGCUGACCAAAGGGCGGCCUACUCCUCUCCACAUCAUGGUGUCAGCCGUGGUGUUUUGCUCUGUAAAUGGUUUCCUGCACGGCCAUAGCAUGCUGCACUGUGUACAGUACGAAGCGGACUGGCACACAGACAUACGAUUUAUAGCAGGUCUGUUGCUGUUUUUUUCAGGAAUGGCCAUCAACAUCCACAGUGACCACAUUCUGCGGAACCUGAGAAAGCCUGGAGAGGUCGUCUACAAAAUCCCUAAGGGGGGCAUGUUUGAGUUGGUGUCUGGUGCAAAUUUCUUCGGGGAGAUUUUGGAGUGGUGUGGCUACGCUAUGGCCUCAUGGUCUCUACCUGCUUUCUCCUUCGCUUUCUUCACCGUGUGCUCCAUAGGACCCAGAGCCUACCACCACCACAGGUACUACCUUGAGAAGUUUGACGAUUAUCCCAAAUCGAGGAAGGCGGUGAUACCCUUUAUCCUCUAGCAGCUGACCAAAGAGUGGAAACACCUUUCUGAAAGCAACCUGACACCAAGUGGCAUUCACCUUAAGAAACUUGAGAAACCAGGACAACACAAAGGCCAUCAUCAUAGCUUUGCCCUCUAUCAACCAGAGCACAGGUUCCCAGUCCUGGUCCUGGAGGCCCCCGCUGCACUGCCGUAUACCCACUUCAACUCAGGAUUGGCUUGUUCUCAGGCAGGCUGGGAGAGGGGAAAAGACCAAACUGUACAGGACACUUGUUCUCCAGGACCAGGUUUGGAAACCAGGAAAAGACUGAUAUCUGUGAUGCUAUGAUGUGGUGCCACUACAUUUAUAUUCCAGCUGUACGCCUUAUUUCUGUAUGAAUGGAAUGUUUUUCAAAAUAAAUCAUGUAAACAUUA